AUGAAUACGCUGAGUUGGAAUUGCCGUGGGCUUGGGAACCCACGGGCCCAACAAUUCCUUGCUGACAUUUGCUGUCAAAAGAAACCCAAAUUUUUAUUUUUGUGUGAAACUCUUUGCUCUAAAGAUUUGGUGGAUCGGGUAAAAUUCAAAUUGGGCUUCGAAUCUUGUUUUGCUGUUGAAGCAGUGGGAAGGUCUGGUGGGCUUGCAUUCUUUUGGAAAUUUGAUGAAGAAGCCCGGUUACUUGGUUACUCGAAGCAUCACGUGGAUUUUGAAAUCACAGUCCCAGGCACGACUACUUGGCGCCUGACUGGUUUUUACGGCGAGCCAGACCGUAGUCUCCGACCUCGGACGUGGGCUCUCAUUCGUACCCUCCUUGCCGAUUCUCCCCUCCCUUGGUGUUUAAUUGGUGACUUCAACAACAUUGCUAAUCAAAGUGAGAAGAAUGGAGGCCGGCCGUACCCGAAUGCACUUAUUGAGGGGUUCCAGUCGGUGCUCCACGAGUGCUCAUUACAUGACUUGGAUCUCCACGGUCACCCCUACACUUGGGAACGUGGACGUAACUCAGGCAAUUUGGUGGAAAUAAGGCUUGACCGAGCCUUAGUGACACAGCUUUGGCUUGAUACUUUCCAUGAGGUAACUUUAUCAAACCUCCCUAUUUCCUCAUCGGAUCACACACCAAUUUUUUUGGAAUUUCAUGACUGUUCUUAUAGUAGCAAUACAUAUCAUUUUCGUUUUGAAAAUUCUUGGUGCCGUGAGCCUAUGUGUGCACAGAUUGUCAAAGCUUGUUAG